GCUGCUUUGUACGAAUAAAUCGGAAGCCGUCACGACCAUCAGUAGCGGAAGAGCCGCCGGGGCACCGGAGAUUAGGAGGACAUGUGGUGCGCCUCGUGCCUGGCGUCCGCCUGCGCGGGCUGCACCUGCAACCUGUGCGCGUCGGCGUUGUCCGCCAUCUCCCGCCGCUCCGCUCGCCUCGCCUAUUGCGGCCUCUUCGCGGCCUCCCUAAUACUCUCCUUCCUCAUGCGCCAGUUCGCCACGCCUCUCCUCAAGCAAAUCCCAUGGAUAAAUACGUUUGAUUAUACACAACCGGAUGAAUGGUUUCAAAUGAAUGCUGUUCUUCGUGUCAGCCUUGGGAACUUCUUGUUUUUUGCAAUAUUUGCUCUGAUGAUGAUUGGUGUCAAAGACCAAAAUGACCGGCGUGAUGCAUGGCACCAUGGUGGCUGGAUUGCAAAAAUUGUUGUCUGGGUUGUUCUCAUCGUUCUUAUGUUCUGUGUGCCGAACGUUGUUAUUACUAUUUAUGAGGUACUGUCAAAAUUUGGAUCCGGCUUGUUUCUUCUGGUGCAGGUCGUGAUGCUUUUAGACUUCACAAACAAUUGGAAUGACUCAUGGAUUGAGAAGGAUGAGCAAAAGUGGGAAAUUGCUUUGUUGGUAGUAACUGUGGUUUGCUAUCUCUCUACAUUUGCCUUCUCUGGUUUGCUCUUCACGUGGUUCAAUCCCUCUGGUCAUGAUUGUGGUCUCAAUGUGUUCUUCAUUACCAUGACCAUUAUUCUUGCUUUUGCAUUCGCCAUAAUUGCGUUGCACCCCCAGGUCAAUGGAAGUGUUAUGCCUGCUUCUGUUAUUUCAGUUUACUGUGCAUACCUGUGUUACACUAGUCUCUCGAGUGAACCAGAUGACUAUGCAUGCAACGGACUUCACAGACACUCUAAGCAGGUUUCAAUGAGCGCUCUUAUACUCGGGAUGCUCACAACUGUUCUCUCUGUCGUGUACUCUGCUGUUCGUGCUGGAUCUUCCACUACAUUUCUUUCGCCACCAUCAUCUCCUAGAUCUGGAAUCAAGAAUCCUUUACUUGGUGAUGAUAACGUGGAGGCGGGGAAAAGCAACAGUAAAGAAAUUGAUGCGCGCCCCGUGAGCUAUUCAUAUACAUUUUUUCACGUUAUCUUUGCUCUUGCAAGUAUGUAUUCAGCCAUGCUUCUGACUGGCUGGACGAGCGCUGCUUCAGACAGCUCGGAGCUGAUGGAUGUUGGAUGGACAACUGUUUGGGUUCGCAUCUGCACUGAGUGGGCUACGGCUGCAUUGUACAUCUGGACCCUUGUUGCUCCCCUGCUAUUUCCAGACCGGGACUUCUCAUAGGCAUGUCAAGCAUUGUUAAAAACGUGGUUAAACCAUGAAAUUAUAUAUAUAUAUAUGUUUGUGUGUGUGUAUGUACGUACGUACGUACGUACGUACGUACGUACGUUAUUCGUUGUGGGAAGCCAGUAGUUAUGUAUAAAGUCCUUAUUGACAUGUACGCCCUCCCGUUUUUUUAAAUAUUUAAUGCAAUUUGAUUUUUGGACAAACGUUAA